AUGUUUCUUAAAAAGAAAAGUUUGGAUAACUGAAUGAGAAAGAAAAAGGUCAAGCGCAUUAAUUGUCAGCAGGGUACGUAAAAUUGAGCUGGUGGUGAUGCUUAUGCCAGUCAACACUUGACUCAUACACCUCUCUGUCCGUUGUCCGCUCAAACGAUGACACGACUACGACGCUUGGAAUCAUUUUUUUUUCUUAUCUGCCCAAUUUUGCCACCAUUUCUGAAUUCUGAUGUCCACACUACACCUUCGCGUGGACGACGCACGUAGGGAAGGUAUCAUCAUGCCGCCAGGUCCCGCGCAAGCACAGCAGACAGCAGCCGCGGCUGGUCAUCAACUGCUAGGAGCUAGCCCUCUUCCUGACUUUUUUUUUUGAGGAAUAUCCCUCCUGACCUUACAGAGUUAUAGCAACGCGAGCUGCUGCUGCUACUACUAGUAUCUUCUUGAAUGCUAAUAUAAAUCCCCUCAUCGUCUGCCAUCAGCUCUCGUCCGUGCUAGCUGCGCGCGAUUCGAUCGAUCUGAUCGUCUGAGAGUGAGAGCACGAAAAGCAGCUAGGAGAGACCAGGACCAGAGAGGAGUCACAGAAGGACACCUACGCACGCGUUAUUCUCAGAAAUCAGAAACGCAGAUUCAUCAAGAAGUUCAUCGGCAUGGCGAAGGAGACCAUCAAAGACUUGGAGAAUCAGGUGAUUGAAGACGGCAUCGAUGCUCUUCCACCAGUUCAGAUGAUGCCCGAACGUGAAGAACAAGAUCCACUGAUUCUAGUGGAUCGGCGCAUCAAUUCGGUUACUUAUGGGGGCGUCAUUAUUGCUGGCAUCAACAUGAACCCUGGCAAAAAUAAGUCCCUCAGGUGCUGGCUCAUCGUCACUGCCUCUGCGAUGUUUCUGACCAACUAUAUAUAUCCAGCUGCCCCAAAAUUCCAGCUGAGCCCUCUGGAGCCGAUGGUCAUUUUCACGAUGUUCAUGUGUGCAAUCUUGCUUGUUUUUCGCACCAUAAAAGAGAUGUGACCGAGAGCGCUUCGAUCGUGUUCAUGCUUCGCACCGUCGUUCAGAAUGGAACCCCAAAAGUCCUACACUAGUAGUAUCGCGUCCUCCAAAGUGUGCAUGAUGAAAUGAACCAGAACCAGACUGUGUGUGUAACAAUAACUCCAGGGACCAUAUGAUAUGUUUGGAUGACUCAAUGCCCGGCCAGUCCUAGAGCACCUGUCUCUUCGGUGGUUGUUUAUUUGCUUGUAAACUUCCUACAUACAGUAGUUUAUUCAAGAGUAUUUGGCAAACGAUAUACUGUGAUUA